GGCUAGUGGUAUCACCACUAGACCAAACCCUUGUUCGUUAUACUUGUCAUUGUUAGGGUUAGAGUAGGUGCACUUCGACUUUAGAAAUUUAAAGUUCGGCCCGCACUCGUGUCAAUCUACUAGGAGACAAAGUGAUGAAUUUCUUAGGUAAUGACGAUACCCUCUUUAGUUUGGCCACGAGGCUGUCCAAAAAAAAAAAGCACCAGAUGAUGAACGACCUCACUGAUAUCACUCUGCACAUAGACAAAGAUUCUUGAUCAGCAGCUUCAUCUCACCACCAAAUCCACUAAAGCCAAUCGAGCACUAUAUUCCCUCCCAUUGGUAUAUAAGCAUUAAGCAGCUUUUCUAUGAAUAGGUUAAAUAGCAAACUUACGAGAGAAAAGGCUAAUGAACCUGGACGCCAUUGUAGGCAGCGUGCAUGAACAAUAAGGCUAUAGUGUAAGUCGAUGGAACUCGAAAGGAAGUUGGGUAAGCUAGAGCUCGAGGGAAGUGGAAAACCAGAAAAAAGGGUUAGUGUCAUUGAGGCCAUCAUUUCUUUAAUCUAAAAGAGGCAUCAUUUCUUCCCCUAACAAAGGUGGAAGGAAUCAAUCAAAUGGCCUUAUUCCUACUUGCCCAUUUGCAGGUGCAAUGAAUCUAGACACAUAUCAAUCUUGUUCAGUUUAAACAAAUCAAAAGAAUGGUAGAGAAUGGAGUCCUAAGGGGUUGGGUGGUGGAGUGAAGUUUGCACAGGGUCCAUUUUACAUAUAUUCAACUUUUAAAUCAAGUAUUGGUAAUAUUGUUAGAAUUUUAAGAAGAGACUUCUAGGUUAAACGGUCUUGUCUAGUAAUCAUGUGGUCGAGUAGUCACGUUGUUGAUGUCAGCGAUCAUAUACAUGUUAAUAACUUGAGUUAGAAACUUGAGUUAUAUAAACUUUCAAACCUCGACGCUUUUCCAAACUUCGACUUGUUCUUCCUGUACUUUGAUACGUUGAAUUGGUCUGAACUAAAGUCCAGUAAAACUUAUUAUGAGUCUGUUGAGUAGGUUCCUUGGAUCGGUUAACAGGAAAGGCGACAUCCAAGUUAAACGCAAAAAAAAAAAAGUACGGUUGGCCUACACAGCAAGUCAACCGAUGUGACAACCACAAGGUCGACUGUUCGAUGCUCCGAUCAACUUUCAUAUAACACAUAAAAUACAACUACGCAACUUCUAUUGAUACUGACAUCUUCCUUUGAAAUCGGUCAAUCGUCAUAAGCCACACAACACAAACCAAAUAACUUGUAUAUUGAUCGACCACAUUGACCAAUAAAAAUCGAUUUUUUUUGUACACCAAGUCGUCACUAUCUAUUAAUUGUGAUGUUUGAAUAUGAAACUGUGGCGUAGCUUAGCUACACAGCAAUUGCAACAGGAAAAACAAAUAAUUCAGCGCUACAAUACAUGUUUGUGCCCUUACCAAAAAUGGAAGAGGGGACUCUUUGAUCUUGUGAUUGGGAGGAACUAUUCACAGUUUUUUUUCGAGGAACUGAGAGGUGGACUUAGUUAGAAAGAAUGGUUGUGGUUUGUGGGGAGAUUUGACCUAGGAGUGUGGGAGAGGAAACUAGUAGACUUUGCUACAAACAAAUUGGGUCAGCAUCGAGAAGAAAAUUGGAAAUACCAAAACAAGUGACCAAACUACAUAAUGUCCUUGGAAAACAUUGAUUUAAUGGUAUCGGCGACAAUAAGAUAAUAGUAACGUAGAUGUCACGUACUGAAAAAAAGAGUAUGUGCCUCUUGACACCCUUCUAGGUUUUAUUUGUAUGUAUUUCCAAUACAUUAUAAGCAAAUUAUUGCUAUAAUUCCACACCUUUGCAACCACAAAGUUAAUCAAGAAUAACAUCCGGAAUCGGAUGAGAGACUUAUUUCCGAACGGUUUUUAUUUGUUGUAUUCGCCUGAAAGCAUUGAUUUGCAACAUAAACGAUGUAUAUAUUUUACAAAAUUUUCACGGUACUGUAUAUUUUACAAGGUAAAAUUUUAUUUUAAUUUAAUUAUCAUUGAACCACCUCUUCACGGUCAAAUCUGGCAUGGGUCGGCCGAUGGUGUUUUCACGGUCAAAUCCGCAUACCAUUUAGCUGUGGACCUGGAUAGGAGGAGAGGGCGAUGGCGAUCUAUGGUUGGUUGGAUGGAUAAGGAGUCAUGGAUUCGUGUUUGGGAUGCGGAUAUUCCGCCAAAACUAAAAGUUUUUGUCUGGCAAAUCCUAAACCGAAUUCUUCCAACCACGGAGGCACUUCUUGAGCGACGCGUCCCGGUGCAUCCCAGAUGUCCGGUGUGCUGGGAGAGUGUGGAAACGUUGAGCAUUUAUUCUUGGAUUGUCAUGUGGCUCGCGCCCUCUGGGACUACUCGGGGCUAGGGCAUCUAGGAGAAAGGCUCCCUCGCCAUACUUUCCCUCUGUUUUUGAAGAAGUUGUUGUCAUUGCUUCACCAACCUACUCUGUUGAUGGCUGUAGUGGCUGUCCUUUGGAGGAUUUGGCGCUCUCGGAACUGGGUCGUGUUUGAGGGUAAGCAAUUUGGGUUCCCAGCUCUAAUGCGUCAGUUCCACCAGCAGUAUGAGGAGUGGGUUCGGUUGCCUAAGGAUAGGAUUUCUCGAGAGGUCCCUCCUGUUCCAAAUGGUGGGCAGUCCCGAGGCAUUGCUAGGACUGGGAGUUUGGUCUGUAUGUGGGAUGGUGCGGUUAGGAGGGGGUCGCAUGCAGCAGGCGGUGCGGUUUUGCUGACUCCGACAAGAGAUGUCUGGCUGGUGAAGGGGAUUCAUAUUCCCUGCAUGGAUGACCCUAUGGUUGUGGAAUUGCUUGUCCUCCGGGAGGCGGUGUUCUGGUGCUUAUCAAUGGGCCUCUCGGAAGUACAGUUUGAAGGGGAUGCUAAGGUGCUUAUUGAUAAAAUUAAUCAGGAGGAUGCCAGGGAUAGUCGGGUGGGUGCUAUUUUGGAGGAGCUCUUGCAAAUUUUUAAUAGUUCGGGGUUUAGUGUUCGAUUUGUUGGUCGGCGUAGCAUAGGGUAGCCCAUUUGGUGGCUCGUAAAGCCCUCUCUUUGUACCCGGCUCAGAGUCGUUUCUUUGAUUUUCAGGCCUGACUGAACGCCUUUAUGUAACUAUCUAUUUUUUCUGAUCAAUACAAGAUUAUCUUUUGUCAAAAAAAAAACCACCUCUUCACGAAUCAUGAGUAAGGCAUUGAUUCUCUUUUCAAUCCUUCAUUUCCUCAAUACAUUAUUUGAGCUAAUGGAAUAUUGAUUUUUUUCCCCACAUAAUAUCGAAGUUGAAAAAUAUUGUGUUCGACAAUACUAACUAGUUAGUAACCUUAACACACAUUCAAACCGUCGGGCAAUAAUCUAAACAAUGAAUU